AUGCCGCUUGAAUCACCUGGUUUUACCGAUGAAACUGAUAGACAAGCGUUGAUGGAGUUCAAGUCUAAAGUUUCUGAAGAUAAAAAAGUUGUCUUGUCCUCAUGGAAUCACUCACUCCCUCUCUGUAACUGGAAAGGGGUCACAUGUGGCCGCAAACACAAGAGAGUCACACGUCUGGACCUGGGAGGAUUGCAGCUGGGCGGGGUGAUAUCACCAUCUAUUGGUAAUCUUUCGUUUCUCAUAUCACUCCAUCUCGAUGAAAAUUCUCUGGGUGGUACUAUCCCUCAAGAGUUGGGAAACUUGUUUAGACUUGAAAACUUGUCUAUGGCCUUAAAUCUCCUGGGAGGAGGGAUCCCAGUCCGACUGUAUAACUGCUCUAGAUUGUUGAGGGUUAGUUUAGGAAACUUAACAUCUCUCAAGGGUCAUAACUUGCCAUAUAACAAUAUGCAAGGAGGAAUUCCGGAUGAUAUGGCUAGACUGACUCAACUGGUUUAUAUUUCAUUAACAAUGAACAACUUCUCAGACGACUUUCCUUCUCCCAUCUACAAUUGGUCCUCACUUAAGGUCAUAUCCAUCUCUGUUAAUAGUUUCUCCGGUAGACUGAGGCCUGAUCUUGGUAAUCUGCUACCAAAGAUCCGAACAUUGUUUUUGGGAAGUAAUUAUUUCACAGGAGCUAUUCCAACAACACUUUCCAACCUCUCGACACUUAAAAAUUUGGCACUGGGGAUCAAUAGCUUGAUAGGAAGUAUUCCUUAUAGCUUUGGAAAAGUACAGAAUUUACAACUCUUUGCCCUUUACGAGAAUUCUUUAGGAAGUUACUCUUCUAGAGAUUUUGAAUUUCUUGGCACUUUGACUAACUGCACCAAACUAGAGAUCGUACAGGUUGCUGGUAAUAGGCUCAGGGGUCCUAUACCAACUUCCAUUGCCAACUUGUCUAGGACUCUCACUAAACUAGAUCUUGGAAGUAAUCCCAUCACUGGAAGCAUUCCUCAUGACAUUGGGAAUCUUAUUGGCUUACAAUCACUUGGGUUGUCAGAAACUAUGUUGACUGGACCAAUCCCAACCUCACUUGGGAAACUCUUAGGAUUGGGAGAAUUAUAUCUGCAUUCAAAUAGUUUGUCAGGACAAGUACCGGUUUCUAUAGGAAACCUCAGUCAGUUAGUGACACUGUACUUGGCCAACAACAGUUUUGAAGGAACCAUUCCUUCUAGUCUUGGUAAUUGUAGAUAUCUACAUAUGGGUUUCAACAAGUUGAGUGGAACUAUACCUCUUGAAAUCAUGCAAAUCACAUCCCUUGUUAACCUGAGCAUGGAAAACCAAUCAGUUCUUCACAGUGGUCUCAGAGUCGGUUUCCCUGUUGCUGAGUGCUUGACACUGGUUUUGGAUGUGGGACUUAGAUGUUCUGAAGAAUACCCAACAAACAGGUUGGCAACAAGUGAAGCCACAAAGGAGUUAAUUUCAAUCAGAGAGAGGUUCUUUAAAGCCAGCAGAACAACCAGAGGUUAA